CCAUCAUCGGGUGAUGAUGAAGAUGAUGAUGACGAGUCUGAAGACACAGGUAAUGGAAUGCAUAGAAUGCGUGCUCCUUAUUGGACCCGUUCAGAAAGGAUGGAGAAGAAGCUGCUAGCUGUGCCGGCAGCAAAUACCGUUCGCUUCCGUUGCCCUGCAGCAGGCAACCCCACCCCAUCCAUAUACUGGCUGAAAAAUGGCAAAGAAUUCAAGGGAGAACACCGAAUUGGGGGCAUCAAAUUACGGCAUCAGCAGUGGAGCCUAGUGAUGGAGAGUGUGGUUCCGUCAGACCGAGGGAACUACACGUGCGUUGUAGAGAACAAAUACGGCAGCAUUAGGCACACUUACCAGCUAGAUGUAUUAGAAAGGUCACCCCACCGGCCUAUCCUCCAGGCAGGACUCCCUGCCAACCAGACUGUGGUGGUAGGGAGCGACGUCGAAUUCCACUGCAAGGUCUACAGUGAUGCCCAGCCUCACAUCCAGUGGCUGAAACACGUGGAAGUCAAUGGCAGUAAAUAUGGAUCCAACGGGACGCCGUAUGUCACGGUGCUAAAGACGGCAGGUGUUAACACAACGGAUAAGGAGCUAGAAAUACUGUACUUGCGAAAUGUUACUUUUGAGGAUGCAGGGGAAUAUACUUGUCUCGCUGGGAAUUCUAUUGGGUUUUCACAUCAUUCUGCUUGGCUGACGGUUCUACCAGCUGAUGGGGCCCAGAGUGAAGUGACUGCCCUACCUGAAUUUCUCGUGCUGCUUGUCUAUGGGACUGGCUUCGUUCUCUUCAUCCUAGUGGUUGUCGUCGUGAUUAUCUGUAGGAUGAAAAUGCCCAACAAAAAAGCCAUGAACACCCCCACUGUACAGAAAGUCUCCAAAUUUCCUCUCAAGAGACAGGUAACGGUGUCAUUGGAGUCGAACUCUUCCAUGAAUUCCAAUACCCCGCUGGUCAGAAUCACCCGCCUCUCGUCCAGCGAUGGGCCAAUGCUAGCGAAUGUCUCGGAGCUCGAACUGCCUGCUGAUCCCAAGUGGGAAUUAACGAGAUCUCGCCUGACUCUGGGGAAACCUCUGGGUGAAGGUUGUUUUGGUCAAGUGGUGAUGGCAGAAGCGAUUGGGAUCGAUAAGGACAAACCAAACAAGGCCAUCACUGUAGCUGUCAAGAUGUUAAAAGAUGACGCUACUGACAAGGAUCUUUCUGACCUGGUGUCCGAAAUGGAAAUGAUGAAGAUGAUUGGGAAACACAAAAAUAUCAUUAACCUCCUAGGCGCCUGCACGCAGGAUGGCCCACUUUACGUUCUGGUAGAAUAUGCGUCAAAAGGGAACUUGCGGGAAUAUCUCAGGGCUCGUCGGCCGCCCGGCAUGGACUAUUCAUUCGACACCUGCAAGCUGCCAGAAGAGCAGUUAACAUUUAAAGAUUUAGUCUCGUGCGCCUACCAGGUGGCCCGUGGCAUGGAAUAUUUGGCAUCUCAGAAAUGCAUUCAUCGAGACUUGGCAGCCAGGAACGUGUUAGUCACUGAAGACAAUGUGAUGAAAAUAGCCGAUUUUGGCCUAGCCAGAGAUGUUCACAACAUCGACUAUUACAAGAAAACAACCAAUGGUCGGCUGCCUGUGAAAUGGAUGGCUCCAGAGGCAUUGUUUGACCGGGUCUACACUCACCAGAGCGAUGUCUGGUCUUUUGGAGUGCUGCUAUGGGAGAUCUUUACUUUGGGUGGGUCUCCAUAUCCGGGAAUUCCAGUCGAGGAGCUCUUCAAACUCUUAAAAGAAGGCCAUCGGAUGGACAAGCCAGCAAACUGCACUCAUGACCUGUACAUGAUCAUGAGGGAGUGCUGGCAUGCAGUCCCAUCGCAACGGCCAACCUUUAAGCAGCUAGUGGAAGACCUGGAUAGGGUCCUUACUGUAACAUCAACUGAUGAGUACCUUGACCUCUCCGUGCCAUUCGAGCAGUAUUCCCCCGCCUGCCAGGACACACACAGCACCUGCUCUUCGGGAGACGAUUCCGUGUUUGCCCACGACCUUCUGCCAGAUGAGCCAUGUCUUCCCAAACACCAGCAGUGCAAUGGUGUCAUCAGGACAUGA